GUAAGACGCAAUCGCUGAAGAGUGUGCAAAAUAGCCUGAAGUGGGAAAUACGCCGUGGAUAAAUAAGGUGUCCACCUAAUUUAGACGACCGCGCUCUUCACGUUACAAGUGACAGCUUAACAGCAAUGAACUGGAACAAGGGGGGCUCGAGUGGCAAGCGAGGCUUUGGAUUUGGAGGGUUCUCCCUUUCAUCGAGUGGGAAGAAAGAGGAACUUCAACCAGCUCAGAAGGCCCACUCCGCAUUUGGAGCGUCGGUUGGAUAUGGCAAGAAUCAACAGCUUUCGUCAUUUUACAAAAUUGGAACAAAGCGGGCCAACUUAGACGACGAAAACUCGUAUUUUGAUGAUGAUGAAGAGGAGUUUAGCAGUACAGAUCUGCCUUAUAUACCUGCAGAGAACUCUCCUACAAGGCAGCAGUUCAAGUCUGGUGGAGGAGGAGGAGGCUCCGACAGUGAGGAUGACCCACUUGAUGCAUUUAUGGCUGAGGUGGAGGACCAAGCAGCAAAGGACAUGAAGAAACUGGAGGAGAAGGAAAAAGAGAAAAAGUUGGCCAAGGGUAUACGGGAUGACAUUGAAGAGGAAGAUGACCAAGAAGCAUAUUUUCGGUACAUGGCAGAGAACCCAACAGCUGGGCUGACCCAAGAGGAAGAGGAGGAAGAAGUGGAAUAUGACAGUGAUGGAAACCCCAUUGCUCCCACUACCAAAAAGAUCAUCAUGCCCUUAUCCCCCAUAGACCACUCUGAGAUUGACUAUCCUCCCUUUGAGAAGAACUUUUAUAUAGAGCACGAAGAACUCUGCAGCUUGACUGGUAUACAAGUGGUGGAACUGAGGCAUAAACUAAACCUGAAAGUAUCAGGUGCAGCCCCUCCUAAACCAGCCACCAGUUUUGCCCACUUUGGUUUUGACGAGCAACUCAUGCAGCAGAUCCGUAAAUCAGAGUACACUCAACCCACACCCAUCCAGUGCCAGGGUGUUCCCAUAGCUUUGAGUGGCCGAGACAUGAUUGGCAUUGCCAAGACUGGCAGUGGAAAGACUGCAGCUUUCAUUUGGCCAAUACUGGUGCACAUCAUGGACCAGAAGGAGCUGGAGCAGGGAGAGGGACCCAUUGCUGUGAUUGUCUGCCCCACCAGAGAGCUCUGUCAACAGAUCCAUGCUGAAUGCAAGCGCUUUGGGAAGGUGUAUGGCCUACGCUCUGUAGCAGUCUAUGGAGGAGGCAGCAUGUGGGAACAAGCCAAAGCUCUACAAGAAGGAGCUGAAAUAGUUGUCUGCACCCCGGGUCGUCUAAUUGAUCACGUGAAGAAGAAGGCUACAUCUCUGCAGCGAGUGACCUACCUGAUAUUUGAUGAGGCUGAUCGCAUGUUUGACAUGGGCUUUGAGUACCAAGUGAGGUCCAUUGCCAGCCACGUCAGACCUGAUAGACAGACUCUGCUAUUCAGUGCAACAUUUCGGAAGAAGAUCGAAAAGUUGGCACGGGAUAUUUUGGUCGACCCAAUCCGUGUUGUGCAGGGAGACGUAGGAGAGGCUAAUGAAGAUGUGACUCAAAUUGUGGAGGUUCUGCCAGUUGGGCAGGAGAAGUGGGGUUGGCUGACACGCAGGCUGGUGGAGUUCACCUCAGCUGGCUCUGUGCUGAUUUUUGUCACUAAGAAGGCCAACUGUGAGGAGCUGGCUAAAAAUUUGACUCAGGAAGGUUAUAGCCUGGGGCUGCUACAUGGAGACAUGGAUCAGAGCGAGAGGAACAAGGUCAUUGCUGACUUCAAGAAAAAGAACCUGCCCGUAUUGGUAGCUACUGAUGUAGCUGCGCGUGGAUUGGAUAUUCCAUCUAUCCGCACAGUUGUAAACUAUGAUAUAGCACGGGACAUCGACACGCAUACACAUCGAAUUGGUAGAACAGGUCGUGCUGGAGAGAAGGGAGUUGCUUACACUCUGCUCACCAAUAAAGACACUUCAUUUGCUGGUGACCUGGUUCGCAAUCUAGAGGGAGCUAAUCAGAGUGUUUCAAAGGAGCUGAUGGAUCUGGCAAUGCAGAAUCCCUGGUUCAGGAAAUCACGCUUUAAGGCAGGGAAAGGGAAGAAGCUGAAUAUCGGAGGUGGAGGCCUGGGUUACAGAGAGAGACCUGGUCUUGGAUCUGAAACCACUGAGCGCAGUGGUAGUAGUGCUCUUGGCAACUAUGAAGCCUUCAAACCUCACACUGGAGUCAUGGGAGACCGCAUGUCUGCCCUAAAGGAAGCUUUUCAGGCUCAGUAUAAAAACCACUUUGUGGUAGCAUCUGGUGUUGCCCCCAAACUCACCACAAAGUCCAGCAGCUCCUCUGGGUGGACCAGUGCAGGGAGUCUGAGUUCUCUGCCCUCUGGAGCACCUGAAGGGGCUGACAGACCCCACCUGCCCUUCUCAUCAUCAUCCUUUUCUUCCAUGAUGCUGCCUCCUGCCCUCAGCUCUAGUACCAAAAUGAGUGGCUUUAGUAGUGCAGGCUCCCUGAGCUCUAUAUCAGACUCCCACUCCAGCUCUUCCUCAAAAGAGGUCUCCCGUAGCGAUAGGAAUGCUGAGGACAGGGGUCGCCAUGGAGAUCAUCAUUAUCAUCAUGGUGACCGGCACGGUAGGGGAGACCAGGAUCGCUAUGGAGAAAGGGACCGUCACGGAGACAAAGACCGCCAUAUUGACCGAGAUCGUCAUAGCGAUAUCCGAAACGGUGAAGGAAGUCACAGAGAGGGAUGGUCAGAAAGAGAUGGGGGGGAGCGGUCAGGGACUAAUAAAGACAGCUUUGCUGUACCUGAUCCCCCCAAACGUAAGAAAAGUAGAUGGGAUAAUUAAGGCCAAUUAAGUGUACGGGAUAGAAGCAGACAAGUGUUCUUUGAUAAGAAUACACCACUGAACCAGUCUCCCCAGCAGUUUCUUUACUUGUCAGCUUGUCUUUUUGUCUAUGUGUGAGGUGAAGCUGUAUUAAGGGUGCUUGGGGCACUCAGUCACAACGUCAUCCUUGUCAUUUAAUAAAUGCAUCUAAGGCAGGCUGCUUUAGAUAUAUAAAGCUGUGAAUUGACAAUAUUAUAGAAUACAUCUUGAAACAACAGCCAACCAUUCAAGCAUUGUCUUAAAUUGUGGAUGUACCUGUUCAGUUGCACACCAGUAAUUUUUUUUUUUUGGUUUUUUGUUCAUCAGAGUUUUUGAUUUGAUUGAUGUAUACUCCAUUUCAUAAACUAUUUGUUAAUGAUCUAUAAAAAAGCAAAAAUCGAGGUUACAGAGACCCUUACAAUGGAAGUGAAUUUGGCCAAUUUUUGAAGGCUAAAAUACUAUUUCAAAAGUUUAGUCACCCAGGCAAAUGUGUGUAAACAUGAUUUUAGUGUGAUACACCUUUUCAGUGUGAAGUUAUAGCGAAUUUUACAACUUGGUUACCAUGAUGAUGUAAUGAAAACAAACCCUAAAACAAUGAUUUAAACAACUUUACAGCUCAAAUAAUACAUGAGUUUUAACAGAAGAAUUUACGGAAGUGUUUUUAUAAAAUUAUAAGCUUCACAUUUCUGCCUUAAAUCCUCUGAAAAUUGUCAGCAUCCACUUCUAUUUGUAAGUGCCUCACUGUAACCGAUUUUUAUUUAUUUAUUUAUUUAUUUUUAAGCAAAGGGACUAGUCAAAAUAUUUUUGGUGUAAUCAACAUUGUUACAAAUGCUAUCAAUUUACUGUAACUUGUACUGAACCCGGAACAUUCCUUUAAUGUCCAGCAGCGAUCUUUAUUUUAUUUAUACCCUUUUUAUAUUUUCAAUUCAAACAUUUACCAGUUUACAUUAGCUUUCAUCAACUGUCUGUCAUAAAAGAUGCUAACUAUCCAUUAUUUGGGAUUUCUGUCUUUCUGUCUUGCCCUAUAUAUAAAAUUACAUUUAGCGUAGAUCCACACACAUUCUGAUCACAGUAAGAAUUUGAAUGUGGUGAGAAUGAGUCUACAAUAAAAUCUAUGUAAUAUGCUAUGAUCUUACAUUUCAUACGUUCUUUACAGACCACUGUGCAUAAGGGUACUAGAUUGCUCCAUUUCAGUUGUCAUUUGUGAAGUUUGCAGAAAAAAGUUUUUACUAUCAAAACCUGGCUUUAGCAACACUAUAUAAACCUUUAUUCUUUUGGAUAUUCUUUAGUGUUUAAUUCUAUUAGCGGCAAUGUGUCUGAAUUACUACAUAUAAUAAAAAAGUACUGGAUGGGACUCAAAAACAAGUGUAGAUAUUUCUUCAAAUAGGCUUAGAGGUUGUGUUUAAAGAAUUGAUUGGUGAGAUUUUGUCAGUCAAAAUUGUUUUAUUUAUCCUCCGAUACAAAAUGCCUUUAUAUGUUACUUUAUUUUUUUGGACUAAUAAAUGA